AUGGAAAGAAAUCGUAUAGCUUUAACGUUUUACGAUAUGGGUGUAGUGAAAUUUGGUAAAUAUCAAUUGAAAUCAGGUAUAAUCUCUCCAAUCUAUGUUGAUUUACGAAUUCUUAUUUCUUCACCUAAAUUUAUGGAUGAAAUUGCACAAUCACUUAUCGAUUUGUUGCCAAAUAAUGGAAUUGAUCUUAUAUGUGGUGUGCCAUAUGCCGCCUUACCAAUAGCAGCGUGUAUUUCUGUUCGUAAAAAUAUUCCUAUGGUGAUGUGUCGAAAAGAGGCAAAAUCUUAUGGAACUAAACAAAUGAUUGAAGGUAUAUGGAAGAAUGGACAAAACUGUGUAAUCAUUGAAGAUGUUGUCACUUCUGGUAGUAGUGUUUCUUCAGUGGCUCAGCUUCUUCGGCAGUCUGGUAUAUACACGGAACAUGCAAUUAUCAUAAUUGAUCGUCAACAAGGAGGACCUGCUUAUUUAAAAAAUCAUAAUAUUAAAAUUGCCAGUUUAUUCACGUUAACUGAAUUGUUAGAGAUUUUACAUCAAGAAAAUCGUAUUACUAAAGAACAGUUUGAUGAAACUACUUUAUUUAUUCAUAGUUCACCAGCACCUAAGGUCCCAUCUGAAUUGAAAUUUACAUGUUCUCAAUUGGAUCGAUUAAAUCAGAUUAUCCAAUCAAAACAAUCACGUUUAUGCGUAGCUAUGGAUAUUUUAGAUCCAACUAAAUUACUUCAAUUAACCGAUGAAAUAGGACUAGAAGUUUGUGCUAUCAAAUUACAUUUAGAUAUUUUACUAUCUAACACAAAUCCUGAAAUGAUUAUCCAAGGUCUAUGUAAUCUGUCUGUGAAACAUGGAUUUUUAAUUAUCGAGGAUAGGAAAUUGGCUGAUAUCGGUCAAACAGUAUACAAUCAAUUAUUGCAUGGUGUUUAUAGAAUUGCUGAAUGGUGUGAUAUGGUUACAGUACAUUGUUUACCUGGUCCCGGUGUAUUUGAUGCCUUUCGUAAAGUAAAUCAAAAAUUACUAGAAAAUGGAAAACAUCAUCAAAUAGCAGCAUUAGUAGUGGCUGAAAUGAGUUGUCAAGGAGCUUUGACAACUGAUUCGUAUAAGGAUCAGUGCACUAGUUUGAUCGAAAUGAAUACUGAUAUCAUUGGCGGUUUUGUAGCCCAACACCCUAUAUCAGGAUUCAAUAUUUGUUCGUCAAAUAUUUCCUAUUGGGUACCAGGUGUAAAACUUAUUAAUUCCAAUGAUGAUCUAGGCCAAAACUAUAAUACACCUGAACAAGUAAAGAAACGUUUUACAACUACAUCCUCAUCAUCUAUUGUAAUGAUUGUUGGCAGAGGAAUAACUGAAUCAGAGAAUAUUCGUCAAGAAGCUGUGAAUUAUCGUUUAGCAUCCAUUCAAUAAAUUCAAUGAGUAUAUACAUUUAUGUAUGAUAAGUUAAACGACUUCUCUUUUGAAUCAUUUAUGUGAUUAUACAAUAUGAGUUUUGGUUAUUUUUCUAAAUUAAAAUACACAAAUUUCCAAACACAAUAAAA